AUGGCUGCGCUCCGAGCGCAGCGGGCGAGUGACGCAGCUGCCCGCGCCGCCAAAGACGUGGCGAACCGUGACCACACGCGCAGCCUCCUCAAGCUCAUCGCGCUCGACUCGGAGUUCCGCGACGAUCUCAUCGCGUUUGACGAGGAGUGCAAGCUACAGUGCGAGCGGCACGACCUCCAGCAGCAAAUCCGAGAGCUUGACGCCGAGUACCAAGCUGUCAAGUACGCCCACGCUGGCGAAGGCGACAAACGCCGCAAGCACGAGCUACUGGCAGCAGCCAAGGCCAAGAGAGACCAAGACACGGUGCGCCUCCGCGCCAAACUAGCCGAGCUCGGCGAUCCACCGUCGUCGCCCACGAAGAAGACAUCGUCGCGCCUCUCAUCGAGCGGCGUCAAGGAGAUGAAGGCCGAGAUCAAGCGGCUAUGGCGCGAGAAGCAAGCGAUGCCGGAUCCCAAGGUCGCGUACCUCGAGAUUGGGAAGCUUCUGCGCAAGCUCGGCGACGAGGCCAAGGCCAUCGAAUAUGUGGCCAAAGCCGUCGGUCCCAACGAGAAGGCAACCAAUGCAAUGGUGCCACCCACGCCCGACGAGCUCGCGACGCUUCGGCGCAUCGAGCACAAGCGUUUGUGGGAAGCGCACUCGAUCCUCUUCCACUACUACUUGAAGCUACCCGAUGCCCAGCGCUGCGAAGGCACGCACCUCCCAUUGAGUCGCAGGCACGUGAUCUUCUCUGCAGAACAUAUGACAGCCUAUCUGGCCUUGGCCGACGGCGACCAGCGCAUCAAGACGCUCAUCUACCUGGACAAGCUCCUCCGCCGCGCGAGUGGCGUCGACCAGAUCGGGCAGCCGACGGCUGAGAGCAUGACGCAGUCUAUCUUGGUGCGCCGUAGCCUCGGAUGCUUACCGGAUCUCCGUUUUCGCGUGCUGACGCAGCUGAGCGCAGCCUUUCCGCAGGACGCAUAUCUCCUCGCGUCGAUCGCAAGCCUCAACGUCCGGCUCCACGACUUUGGUGCCGCCAAGACCGCAACCGACGCGUACACGUCGCUACCAGAGAUCGCGCGCCUGCACCUGAGCGCCGACGUCCUCGAGUACGCUCCGGCGCCGGCGCUUCGAUGGUCACCGCCGGCUGGCUCGACUUGCUAACGCGUGCUGGCCUGCAAACCGCGAUCUCACCUGGCAUACCACGCCUGGUCCUGACAUUGCGACAAAAGCAGGGACUGUUGCCGAAUCGUAAACGGGGCUAUUGUAUGUGUGUUUAGACAGAACCCUUUUUUGUCACGAAAGUGC